UAGUCACACGCCACCGUUAGUGAACGAGUCAGAGUGAAUUCAUGCUUUACUCAGACUGCAGGCGGGGAGUUUUUAAGCGUCUCGUUUUUUAUUAGUCUUAGUUUAAUGUUUACUGCUUCAGAUCCUUAAAUAUACUUUUUUCUUCACUCACGAUCGAAACCACGCUCAUUUUCAGCACGAGUACCACUACAUCAGUCUAAGCUGUGAGUUCCUGCAGAAGUUUGGUCUGUCGAGUUGGCAAAGAUGUUCCAGAUAAAGAGGAUCUGCUGUAUUGGUGCUGGGUACGUCGGUGGCCCCACAUGUAGUGUCAUUGCCGAGAUGUGCCCAGAGAUCACAGUGACUGUUGUUGAUGUCAAUGAGUCCCGUAUCAAAGCCUGGAAUUCAGACACUCUUCCUAUCUAUGAGCCUGGUCUGAAGGAGGUUGUUGAAUCAUGUCGGGGAAGAAAUCUGUUUUUCUCUACGGACAUCGACUCAGCCAUCCGUGACGCUGACCUUGUCUUUAUCUCUGUGAACACUCCCACCAAGACCUAUGGGAUGGGGAAAGGGAGGGCAGCUGACUUAAAGUUCAUUGAGGCGUGCGCUCGGAGGAUUGUGGAAAUGUCUGACGGAUACAAGAUCGUCACAGAGAAGAGCACCGUCCCCGUCCGUGCGGCUGAAAGCAUACGCAGAAUAUUUGAUGCCAACACCAAGCCGAGCCUAAAUCUACAGGUACUGUCCAACCCCGAGUUUCUUGCAGAAGGAACAGCUGUGCGCGAUCUCAAGGACCCAGACCGUGUCCUGAUUGGUGGAGAUGAAACGCCAGAGGGUCAAAGGGCAAUCAAAGCACUCUGCGCCGUUUAUGAGAACUGGGUCCCCAAGGCAAGAAUCAUUACCACAAAUACGUGGUCAUCUGAGCUGUCCAAACUGGCCGCCAAUGCAUUUUUGGCACAGCGAAUCAGCAGCAUAAACAGCAUCAGUGCACUGUGUGAAUCCACGGGAGCUGAUGUGGAGGAGGUCGCUAAAGCCAUCGGCAUGGACCAGAGAAUAGGCAGCAAGUUCCUCAAAGCCAGUGUUGGCUUUGGAGGAAGCUGUUUUCAGAAGGAUGUGCUCAAUCUGGUUUACUUGUGUGAGGCUCUCAAUCUUCCUGAAGUUGCCUCCUACUGGCAGCAGGUGAUUGACAUGAAUGAAUAUCAGAGAAGACGCUUUGCCUGUAGAAUCAUUGACUGCCUCUUCAACACAGUAACAGACAAGAAAAUAGCUCUUCUUGGUUUCUCUUUUAAAAAAGACACCGGGGACACAAGGGAGUCUUCCAGUAUUUACAUUUCAAAGUAUCUUAUGGAUGAAGGUGCCAAGCUGUUUAUCUAUGACCCCAAAGUCCUCAAAGAACAAAUCAUCCAUGACCUCUCCCAGCCCAGCAUUUCAGAAGACAAUCCAGAGAGAGUAUCCCAGUUGGUGACAGUCACCUCUGAUCCUUAUGAAGCUUGCCAAAGUGCCCAUGCUUUGGUCAUUUGCACUGAAUGGGACAUGUUCAAGGAACUUGAUUAUGAGAAAAUUCAUAAGAAGAUGUUGAAGCCUGCUUUUAUAUUCGACGGACGCAGAGUUUUGGACCAUCUCCAUCCUUUGCUCCAGAACAUCGGUUUUCAGAUUGAGACCAUUGGCAAGAAAGUCGCACCUACAAGAAUCCCCUACACUCCUGCAGCUGUAGGUCCUCGCAUCGUCCCCAGUGAACCCCCACCCAAAAAAGCCAAAGUCUGAAUUUCUCACAAAUUCCUCACUAUGCCAUUUAUUGCUGGUCAUCUUCUACUGUCCCCUUCAUUUGACCUGGUCAUUAAGACACUAAACUGUGACGAAUUGCCUUCUUAAUCUGCAUUUAUUGCAUUACUUUUCAUUGUGACCAGGUCGAAUGUACUCCCACAAUGAAACAUUCCCGGUAGAAAGGCUUUGUAUAACGAUUUAUUAACAUUUCUUUUUAUUCUCAUUUUUGGCGAUGCAUUGUAUUAACAACCAAGCAUUUUUUUACUAUUAACAUGUCAUGUAUUAUUGAUAAAGAAAAAUACAUUUUAAGUAUUUUAAAAUAUUUUUAUAAAUUGUGUAUAAUUCAUGUCUUCUGUAUCUGAAUUUGUAAGGGCCAAUGCAAUAAAAUAAAUGUACUGUC